AUGCCAUAUAUUUGCGCCUGCCAGGAUGGAUCUUACAGUAAUUCAUCGUGCAUACAACUGGCAAAUUCUACAGGAAUUCAGUCACGAAGAUUGAUAGCUGUUUGUGAACAUACAUUUUGUGGACAAGUUGGAAUAUGUAUUAUAUUAGAUGCAACGUUUGCAUGCGUUUGUCCUGAUGGAACUAUUGGCGAAAAUUGCUUAACAAGUGUUAUUCGUAUAUGUAACGUAAUUAGUCCCGGUUAUGCAACGUGUUGGUGUCUACUUGGUUUUGAUGGGGAUUUUUGUGAAAGGCGAUCAGGUGCGUCAACCUGUUCGACACUGCAAUGUUUAAACAGUGGUACAUGCUAUGAACAUUCUCCAGCAUCAACUAUAUUUGCUUAUUGUUUGUGCAGACCUGGAUUUACAGGACAACGAUGUGAAGCAGGUCAUUUUUGA